AUGUCAGUAAAUAUAGCAGGCGUUGUGUCGGUGGCCAUAUUUUAUCUUCUUAUCCUUGCUGUUGGCAUUUUCGCAGCGAAGAAAGCCUCCAAAAUAGAGGGAGCCUGUGAGGGCAACAGAACUGAAAUGGCUAUGAUCGCAGGACGGAAAAUGGGAAUUGUGCUUGGCAUUUUAACAACCACCGCAACCUGGGUUGGUGGUGCAUAUAUAAACGGCACCGCUGAAAUGGUGUAUCGACCAGAUGCUGGAUUAGUAUGGACCGUAGCACCAUGGACUACUCUGUUGUGUAUGUUAAUCAGUGCACUGUUCUUUGCUAAGAAAAUGCGAAGCCAGGAGUAUGUUACCAUGUUAGACCCUUUCCAGCAACGGUAUGGGACCCGUAUAGCAAGCUUGUUGUUUGUUCCUGCUGUAAUCAGUGAAAUAUUCUGGACUGCGGCAAUACUGGCAGCUUUAGGGACAACAUCAAGUGUCAUCCUGGGCCUGGAUAAGAAUCUCUCUGUGGUGAUCUCAUCCUCUGUCGCAAUGAUCUAUACAUUACUUGGGGGACUUUAUUCUGUUGCAUACACUGAUGUUGUCCAAUUAGGAUGUAUCUUCAUUGGGUUGUGGUUAUGUGUGCCGUUCACACUUCUCAAUGAUGCUGUUACCAGUAUUCGAGUCACAGCAGUUAAGGAGGUCUACCAGAAACCCUGGAUUGGAAAAAUUGAUGAGAAGUUUAUUGGACAAUGGAUCGAUCAUCUUUUGCUCAUGGUACUGGGAGGGAUACCUUGGCAGGUUUAUUUUCAAAGAGUGCUGGCGUCUUCCUCAGCGAAAGAUGCUCAAAUAUUAUCGAUAGUGGGAGCAUUUGGAAGUUGCAUAAUGGGCAUCCCUUCCGUCUUGAUUGGAUCAAUUGCAGCCUCUACAGACUGGAAUCAGACCUCUUUUGGUUUGCCGUCGCCUUUUGAGAGGAACGAAGCUGCCAUGAUCCUCCCUAUUGUGCUGCAGUAUUUGUGUCCGCCCUACAUUUCUGUAUUUGGAAUCGGUGCAAUUGCAGCUUCAGUCAUGUCCUCCACUGACUCUUCGCUCCUUUCCUCGAGUUCCAUGUUCACCCAUAAUAUCUAUCGAAAAAUCUUCAGGGCAAAGGCUUCGGAGAAGGAAAUCCUGUACGUGAUGAGAGCCGCAGUGGUGGUGGUUGCAACCCUUUCCACCAUUCUCUCUCUGUGCACCAGCACCAUCUACGGCCUUUAUGCCCUAAGUUCCGACAUUGUCUAUGUGGUUCUCUUUCCUCAGCUUGUCUGCGUUCUGUACGUCCCAUGCGUGACUCGCUUUGGUUUUGUGACUGGCAUUCUGACUGGAGCGUUGCUGAGGCUUGCUGGGGGCGAACCCCUCUUUCACUUUCCCGCUGUUAUUCUCUAUCCUGGUGGUUAUUUCCAUGACAAUGACUACGUUCAGAUUUUUCCCUUCAAAACAUUCGCCAUGUUGUGCUCACUGAUAGUGACUGUUACCUUGUCGUAUGUCAGCAAACUCAAGUAUCCACGUACACCAGUUAUUGCCUUUAACCUGAUAGAGAGAGAAAGUGAGAGAAGAGACACAGACUGA